AUGCUUCCAAAGAAAAGACCUAAAUCAGAUACGAAAUUGGAUGAAUUAUUACGAGCAGGAGCCAGUGGAAAAAAGUCGGAUAAGGACAUAGAUAAGGCAAUUUCGUCGACAACUCAUCGUUUAGUGAAGGAAGCCAUCGUUUUUGUGAAGCAAUCUACCAUCGAAGAUACUACGGAGCAAUAUCGUCGUUCGGGGUACGUUUGA